GGUAGCGGCGGGUCUGUUAGCCCUACCCGGUGUCCAGCGUCCCUUCUCCGAUUGCCUGCUCUUGCGGGCUUGGCCCUCGCCUCCGCUUCUGAUCACAGGCGUUCGGUAGCUCGCGGCUAGAGCUAAGCGAGCGUGUGCGCAACUAUCAGAAGGCGCGUGGUAGAGAUGGCGGCGCUCAGUGAGACUUUCCUGUCACUGGAUACUACUACUCCCAGCCCUCCUCCUAGCCGCCCGAGCUACCCUCUGCUCUUGAGUUUACAAGUGGCAAUUUGACUUGCUCUGCUGCAUGUCUGGAGGGACCGAGGAAAGUGUGGAGACGCCCCGGAGAUUAAGGGAUAGCAGCUCGAAAAGAAAAAAAGCCAAACAAACAAACAAAACCCACCCCCCCUAGCAAACAUGAGGCUGCUGGAGAGGAUGAGGAAGGAAUGGUUCAUGAUCGGGAUCGUGUUGGUCAUCGCCGCAGCUAAGCUGGAGCCGUCGGUGGGGGUGAACGGGGGACCACUGAAGCCAGAAAUAACUGUAUCGUACAUUGCUGUUGCAACAAUAUUUUUUAACAGUGGACUGUCAUUGAAAACAGAGGAGCUGACCAGUGCUUUGGUGCACAUAAAACUGCAUCUUUUUAUUCAGAUCUUUACACUUGCAUUCUUCCCAGCAACAAUAUGGCUUUUCCUUCAGCUUUUAUCAAUCACACCCAUCAAUGAAUGGCUUUUAAAGGGUUUGCAGACAGUAGGUUGCAUGCCUCCCCCUGUGUCUUCUGCAGUGAUUUUAACCAAAGCAGUUGGUGGAAAUGAGGCAGCUGCGAUAUUUAAUUCAGCCUUUGGAAGUUUUUUGAUGGACAGAGCAAAGAUAAAAGAGGACUGUAGAGAUAACAGCAUACUUCACAGCUGACUGAAGCAGGUGUUAGAAAUGCAGAUGAAGAGCACUGACUAAAGACCAUACAAAUUUGAAGUGAAAAUGCCACUGGUCGGCGUGCAGUGUUCUGCACAUAUGAAGUUUCAGGUAGUUAAAUUAUUCAUGUUAUUGUGUGAACUAGUGCAGGAGUUAGGGAAAAGGUGCCUUUUACAUUUAAACUGUUUCUUCCCUUCUUCCUUUUAUCUGCACUUGACAAGCAAAACGAACUUCGUUUUGUAAGUUUUAUUCCAGCAAGUGAAUGACUUACAUCUCUCUAUAUAAGAAAGUACACUUAGAAAUAGAUUACUCAUAGGAUUAAGUGACAAUUUAAGACAAUAGAAACCAGGAAUUAUUUUCCUUUUUUGCUUCUGUUGUAAUGAAGGCCAGUAAAGACAAAUAAAUGUGAAACCAUCAUUGCUGUCACCCUUACCAUGAAACAUUUCUCAAGUGUCCAUAUUUACAUCUUUUUAAAAAUGUUUAAUACGUAAUUUUAAAGCAGGGUUACAUUUUUAAGAGAAAUGUCAAUUCCUGGAAUUAUUUAUUCUCUCCUUUUACCCUUUGCUUUUUUUCUCUUAUGGGCUGGCUGAUCAUGCUACAAUGCAUUAUGCUACUCUGUGUAGGUUGACCGCAGGAUCAAAACACCUGCUUUUGGUAAACACAGAUCUCUUUAACACACACAACGAAGUCUGACACAUAUCUGAGAGCACACCAUAAAUACUUAAUCCUCUUUUUAAAGGUGAAGAAGCUAUAAACAAAAUAUACCAUUAAAAUAUUCUUUUAUCUCUGUUGAGAUUCAAAGUUAAGGAACUACUGAAAUGUCGACUCAGUCUGUAAGAAUGUAGAGGCUUAAAAUGCCUUUACUUUGGCUCCUAGGACAAAGGGACUGCAAGUCCAACAGGUUUGCCUUAGAAUCUGUUCCCACCCUUGACAAACUGUGUGACUUGGAGCCAGUUGACACCUCUUGAUCCCAGUUUCUCUAAAUGCAAAAUGAGGAUCACAGUAGACCUGCGUCAGUGGGUUGUUAAGAGUCCAAACACACAGCAGUUGGCUUUGUAGUUAGAGAUUUGGGGGAGAUUUUUGAGGUAUACUGACUUUAAUUGGCAGCUUGGUCAAUGUUAGACUUCAGAUCAAAAUAUCUUGGUUCACAAUUUUUCACACAAUACUUAGCAUCACAAAGCCAUAGCAUCUUACUAAAUUCACUUUGUGAAAAGUUUGUUCUUUGAUUUUACUUUUUAUGAUUAUUCCCUUAAGUCCUGUGAGCUUCUUGAGAUAAAGAUCUAUGUGCUAUGUAUCAUUUGCUAUUCUUGCUUGGUGACAUGUGAUUGUUUGAAUAUUGACUCAGGUUACAAAUGAAAAUAUUCUAAAUCACACUUCCAUAUACAGAUUUUUUUUUUUUUUGACAGGCAGAGUUAGUGAGAGAGAGAGACAGAGAGAAAGGUCUUCCUUUCUGUUGGUUCAUCCCCCAAAUGGCCGCUACGGCCUGCGUGCUGCGCUGAUCUGAAGCCAGGAGCCAGGCGCUUCCCCCUGGUCUCCCAUGUGGGUGCAGGGCCCAAGCACUUGGGCCAUCUUCCACUGUAUUCCCGGGGCCACAGCAGAGAGCUGGCCUGAAAGAGGAGCAACCAGGACAGAAUCCAGCGCCCCAACUGGGAUCAGAACCCGGAGUGCCGGCGCCGCAGGUGGAGGACGAGCCUAGUGAGCCGCAGCGCCGGCCCCAUAUACAGAUUUUAAAAGAGUAAUUUUUCAUCCAUCUUAUUUAUUGUUGUCAUGUUUUAAAUAGUACAUAGGAACAUUGUAUAAAUCAAUAAAACAUGCAAAUAAGAAUGAACACUCAUUUUUCAGUGUAUUCUACCCUUUUGAACUUAGAGUUUUUUAUCUGUUAAAUUUUCCCAUUAUUUUGUCAUUAAAAAAACUGUAAAGGUAAUAGUCAUACACACAAAAAGAAUAACUUGGAUCAUUUUCUGAGACUGUUCGUAUUAAUUUUAGGACUAUAGUCAAGUCACCUCAGUUAUUUAGCUUCUAUUUCACAUCUUUAUUGUGGGAUAAUACAAUAAUUCAUAUCUAACCCUGCUGAAUUAUUACAAGAAACAGAUGAGGGGCCGGCGCUGUGAGGCAGUGGGUUAAAGCCUUGGCCUGCAGUGUCAGCCUCCCAUAUAGAUGGCCGCUCCACUUCUGAUGCAGCUGUCUGCUAUGGCCUGGGAAAGCAGUAGAGGAUGACCCAAGUGCUUGGGCCUUUGCACCCACAUGGAAGACCUGGAAGAAACUCCUGGUUCCUGGCUUCGGAUCAGCUCGGCUCUGGCUGUUGUGGCCAUUUGGGGAGUGAGCCAGUGGAUGGAAGACCUCUCUCUCUCUCUGACUCUACCUGUCUCUGUAACUCUUUCAAAUAAAUAAAAAAAAUCUAAAAAAAGAAAAAGAAACAGAUAAUAUUGUGUAUGUGAGAUUCUUUGUAACUCCAAAUUGUUCUUAAGAGUUAAGUAAAUUAUUAUCAUGUGCAGUUUAUCAUUAUCAGUUUUAUCAUAUGUGCCCUCCUUCCCACAGGAAGGCACAAUUAUGCUAUGAAAUGUUAAGAUUAACUGCUAAUCUCUGCAGCAAACAGUAUCACUUUUUAUGAUACUUUACUAGUACAUUAAGUCUGGUGAUUUGAUACCUAAUGUAGAUAUGAAAUUAUAGUCUUGAACAUAUUAUACACACAUAUAUAUAUAUAUCAUAUGUCAUAUAUGUGUGUGUGUAUGUGUAUAUGAACAGUACCCUUCAGUACAGGAUCAUCUCUGCCAUAGAUAUUUAUAGUUUUAAAAAGUAAAUAGUAUAUAGCAUUGAUCUAGGCAAUGAAUUUAUUAACUUUUAAUCCAGGUAUUGUGUGCAAACAAGAAUAGAAUAUAUAGAAAUAUAUAGAAUAUAUUUGGCAGAGAGGGAAUGAACAUACAUUCACACACAAGUGUAGGCUGCCCUAGACAGAGAACUAUAUAACAUUAAUGAGCCAAAGAGUUGUCUAUAAACUGGGGGGGGGGGGGGACUGAAGACAGUCCCUGCAAUGAGGAAGGUCUGCCCAUAUACAGGGAGGCCUGAGAGUAGCAACUUUCAUAGGAGUGCUAAAAAGACUGGCGCAGUAUGUUCAAGCGAGGUCCACCGCAGAAAGAGAGCACCCUUCCACCUGCCACCUCCUUCUGUCUCCUGUGUGCUGUGGUCCUGCAUGUAACAGAUGCAUCACAGGAAAGCAGGUAGAGAGGUACAAAGCGGGUGAGGCUAUGAGGCUUGUGACUUCCAGCUCUUCAGACCCAACUAGUUGCCUGCCUGUGUUUCCCACAUCACGAUGAUUGCUCUAGUUCUUGGGUUCCUGACUAGCUAACACAGCAUGAAUGAACCCAGCAUAGCAUAACUGAUUUAUCAUCAGUUCACAAACAUGCUAUUUCCCCAUUUUAAAAUAAAGCUACAGGAAGUGGGCAUAUAGCAUAGCAGCCUAUGUCCCACAUUGAGUCCCUGCAUUGGAUUCCCACCUCCGGCUUCUGUCCCCAGCUUCCUGUCAGUGCAGACCCUGGGAGACUGUGGGGAUGACUUAAGUAAUUUUGAAUGUGGGAGACCUAGAUCGUGGUCCUGGCUCUGCCUCUUAUAUAAAAAAAUAAACAUUUUAAAUUAAAUUAAUGUAUAAUUCUCAUGUUAAAAUUCAUUCUUGUUUCAAUGUACAACAUUGGAAGUUGAAUUUUUUCUUUUUUUAAUU